GGAAGGGAAAGGAGGGCGCCGCCGAGCGAGUGUGAGGGAAGGCAGGAGCGAGCGGCCCGCGCCGUGCGCCGCAGCGCCCAGCCAGGCCCCACCGCCACCCCCGCCUCUCCGUCCCUCCGCCCCGCGCCCGGACCGGGCCGAGCCGGGCGGGCCGGGCCAUGCUGCUCACCGUGUACUGUGUGCGGAGGGACCUCUCCGAGGUGACCUUCUCCCUCCAGGUCGACGCCGACUUCGAGCUGCACAACUUCCGCGCGCUGUGUGAGCUCGAGUCCGGCAUCCCCGCCGCCGAGAGCCAGAUCGUCCAUGCCGAAAGACCUCUCACAGACAAUCAUAGGUCAUUGGCUUCUUAUGGCUUGAAAGAUGGAGAUGUUGUGAUUUUGCGCCAAAAGGAGAAUGCAGACCCUCGGCCUCCAGUGCAGUUCUCAAACUUACCCCGGAUAGAUUUUAGUAGCAUAGCUGUGCCUGGCACAUCAGGUCCCAGGCAGCGCCCAUCACUAGGAGCACAGCAAGCCCACCCAUCUCCUCGAGAAAUGGCAUCAUCUCCUCAGGGCUUGGACAACCCAGCUCUGCUCCGAGAAAUGCUGCUGGCCAACCCACAUGAGCUAUCCUUGCUGAAGGAGCGCAACCCGCCUCUGGCUGAAGCCCUGCUCAGUGGAGACCUAGACAGAUUUUCUAGGGUCCUGGUAGAGCAGCAGCAGGACCGAGCGCGGAGGGAACAAGAAAGGAUUCGUCUUUUUUCUGCUGACCCCUUUGACCUUGAAGCUCAGGCAAAGAUAGAAGAAGAUAUAAGGCAACAGAACAUUGAAGAAAACAUGACGAUAGCUAUGGAGGAGGCUCCAGAGAGCUUUGGCCAAGUAGUGAUGCUUUACAUUAACUGCAAAGUGAACGGACAUCCUGUGAAAGCCUUUGUUGACUCAGGUGCCCAGAUGACUAUUAUGAGCCAGGCUUGUGCAGAAAGGUGUAAUAUAAUGAGACUGGUGGACCGGCGGUGGGCAGGGAUUGCCAAAGGAGUGGGCACCCAGAAAAUUAUUGGAAGGGUUCACCUAGCUCAGGUUCAGAUUGAAGGAGAUUUUCUGGCAUGCUCCUUCUCUAUACUGGAGGAACAGCCCAUGGACAUGCUUCUGGGACUGGACAUGCUUAAACGGCACCAGUGUUCCAUUGACCUCAAGAAGAAUGUCCUAGUGAUCGGCACCACAGGCUCACAGACCACCUUCCUUCCCGAGGGAGAGCUCCCAGAGUGCGCACGCUUGGCGUACGGAGCCGGACGAGAGGACAUGCGGCCAGAGGAGAUUGCAGACCGAGAGUUAGCAGAAGCCAUUCAGAAGUCAGCAGAGGAAGCAGCAGAGAAAAGUGGUAAAGAAUCUACCUCACUGGGAAUGUCAUCGUUACCAACUUCAGAUGGAUUUAACCACCCAGCCCAUUCUUUGGGACAGAGUCCUGAGAUUGAUAGUCCUCCGAGUCUUGCUCAUUCUGUCUCUGCUUCCGUCUGCCCUAUGAAGCCCAGUGAACCAGAUAGCAUUGAGCCUGCGGCUAUGAAGGCUUCAGCUGAGUUCCUCAUGAACUCUAGAGAGAGAGGCCCUCUUUCUCCACAGGAUCUUCCUGAUCUCACUCCCUCAGCCGACCAGACUCCAGUUAUGCCUUUGCAUAAUUCAUCUGAAGAAGCAGUCAUUACAGAUUGUCUGCAGAAAUCUGACAAAAGCACCCAGGGCCUCGAAUUUUCUCUCCACACAAGACAGGAAGCUAGUUUAUCUGUCACAGCUACUACCGUGCAUGAACCUCUGACAUUUGUAGAUGAAAAGAAUUGGCACCCAGAAAGUCAGAACCCGAGUCAAGUGAAUAGCCUUCAGCAGCAGCACCAGCCAGGGAGCGAGCAGCAUGAGGUGGCACAGCAGAGAGCUCCAUGGCACGGAGGGCAUCUCUGUGACACGGGGGACGUUGAGCUCUGUGAGGAAAGCCCAGACCAGCCAAAACUUGCUGAUGUGGAAGCUGCAAUGAAGGAUGCGGGGCACCAGGAGAAUGUCCUUCCAGCUGCAGGAUGCUCUAGCUGCUCUGAUGCAGACACUGUCAUGGAAGUAGACAUCGUUGAGCAGUCCCUAGUUACUACACUUGAUUCAGCUGGCUAUGUGAGCACCGGGAUCAAAAACACUGGCGUAUUGUAUCACGCCUCAGACAGUCUCUCAAUGGAAGUGGAACCAUCAAAACAAGACCCCUCCUCAGAAAGUUUGAGUAAUUCUGUCUCUACUCAGGAUUUGCAGUCCCCUGGAAGUAAUGUUGAUAUAUCUGGAACAAAUAAAGAACAUGGCAAUUACUCCCCUUCUUCAAGUUGUCAGCCCUCCAUAGAAUCAGAAGAAUCUUGUUCAUCUGUAACAGCAGCCUUGAAAGAACUUCAUGAACUUUUGGUCAUUAGUAGUAAGCCAGCCCCAGAAAAUGCAUCUGAGGAAAUUAACUGCCAGUCAGAAACAAUAGAUGAGCGCCAAAUUGGUAUUGAGGACCUAUCAGGAAAGUGGACCCACUGUGAGCAUCUGACCCACCGUGAGCAGUGUCCUCAAGUCUCCUGUCACCAGGCCAGCUCUGUAUCAGUGAAGAUAGGAAACGCAGACCUAGAAUUAGAAGAUGGAGAAAAUGCUUGCUUCAGGGGUCCAGGUGGUGAUCAGUCAGCUGACAAGGAGGGGGUCCCCAGGUCUAGGGGAUCAGUAAGCGAGAGGAGUUCUGAUACUGUAACUUCAGCUAAAUCAUCUAGCCAAUUACACUGCACCUUAGGUGUUGUCCCUGGUGAACGAGGCGAGGGGGGUGCACUCAGUCAGACUUCUGAGCAAAUGAAGUCUUUGCAAUCUGGUUUCCUGCUGGUUCAAGACUUGGGUCAGGGUAGACAUAAUCCAGCAACAGCCAGGCCUGGAACUGGGGAAAAUGUCUGUCCUGAAGCUACAAGGUCAUUUCUUGAAUUGGAACCACCUGCCAGCCAGCCAUCAUCAAGUCCCUCCACCCUUCCACCGUUCAUCUUUCCUGCCGCAGAUAUUGACCGGAUUCUCCGCGCAGGCUUUACUCUGCAGGAAGCACUUGGGGCCUUGCAUCGAGUUGGUGGAGAUGCAGACCUUGCACUUCUUGUUUUGCUAGCAAAGAACAUUGUAGUUCCUACCUAACUAUGGGAAAUGGGCUUUACCGUACUUCAUUCCCUCACACAAACAAAGCUCUAUAUACACACAUACACACUCACCACACACACAGUAUAUAUAGAAACCUGCAAGCAGAAUGUUGAGCCAGACUUUUUUUUUUUUUUUUUUAAGAUUUUUUUUUUCGGCCAAAGUAAUUUAUGAUCUCUUGUCUGAUGAUUUUUGUCUAUUCUACUUUUGUUAAGAUUUGGGCCUUUUUAAAUGUAUUGGCAGUUAUGUUCACACAAAAGCGUUUUUAUUCUCAUUAAGAUGAUGUAUUCUGGAAUAAAAUGAAUGGUUUUGUGUACAGUACGCCAUUUUAGAAUGAGAGUGACUGCUUUGAAAGCAUGAGAAAUUAUGAAAACUCCCGCAACCCAUGCAGCUAGAAGUAGAUCCACUUCGCACUAGCCAAGUGUCUGUGCUGUUGACAGGGUGCAGCUUACUGACUCAGUUACACUGUCAAGCUUGAGAAAUUUUUAAACAAUCGUUUGGUGUUUGGAAUUAAUACCCAGUGUCUGUGUAUUCACCAGUUACAACAGGAAGUGGAAGAUAGUUCAAUAACUCCUAGAGUCCUAUUUGUUUAUUUUAUGUGCUCAGGGUUUGAUGUUUUAAUAGGGUGAGCAGGAGGGCUCAAAACACCUCCUGUGUGGAUGGAUGGCUAAAAAUCUUACAUUGGGUGGAGUAUAUUGUAGGGGAAUUAACAGC